CGCUAAUGCAACAAGAUGCCAACCACCGUUAAAGACGAAGAAGACCACGCUGAUAGAGAAGUUGUUGCUAAAAUGGUCAAAGACAGUCGAAAUAAAUCUUCAAAUUUCUCCCAUCAUCAAACAGAAGACCGCAAUCCAAGGGUUUUAUUUUUAAACUUCAGCAAGACAUUGAAGAGGAGAGAUGAUGUACAACCUCGACUGGAAGAACAUCUGGAGAAGAUACCUUUUCGACUCCGUGCAAUAAUGAAAAGUAGAGAGAAAAUGAAUAUGGCAUGCAGUAAACAGAAGAAAAUCAUAAGAGCUUUUAAGCCCAAAGCACGGACAGAAAUCUGUGAGCAGGAACACAUCAGAGUUCCACACUUUCGGAGGGGAAAGCAAGAGUCAGAGACCGCUUAUCUGCGGCGCAUGUCACAAGAAACACAGUAUGUUUCCUUUCUUACCAAAAAUCAGCCAGAGAGACAUCCUGAACGACAUCUGGGGAAGAAGGCGACAACUUCAACCAAACAAAUAAAAAAAAAGUUUAAUGAAGAAAGACUGCUUAAUGUGAAAAAAGUCAAGCAACCAGAGAAUGUGGGGAAAAAAGCAAAAUUUGAAGAUAAAGUACAGUUUGGAGAGGUUGCCUUGGCACCUCCAUCUCUGACUGUCAAACCAAAGAAGGCUCAUGUAAAGUCUCAGAGAGCUUCCAGUGGCGUUCUUCUGAGCUCUCUAUGUGGCCCCACUGAUGUUUCAACAUCCAAGUGCUCUAUGCCAAGGCAGAAGAUAAUUGAGGAAGAACAUGAAAGAGUGGUCAACAUUUACCGUCAACUAAAGAAACAGAAACUAGAGCAAAAAAAGAAACAAAAGACCAGGAUAAACAAAUUCUUACACCCUCAAUAAAUUUGUAAAAAAAAAUAUUUAUAGUUAUAAUGUUGCAUUUCAGCUGCUGGUACUCCAUGUGGUUUGGAAAAUUUCUAGUUUCCAUGUAGACCUAGUGUAAUAAAACAUGUAUAUGCUUAAACAUUGUAAUUAUUAUAAAAAUAUUGUUUAAAAAAAAACAUUUGCCUCAAGUUUUUGUUUUAAUUGCUAGGGAUGCUAGGAACUGGAUUUAUGAGUCAAAAAUACUCCUGUUUUAAUGCUGAGUGCACGUCAUCACAACUGAACCAAUAGUUAUUCACUUUCUCACGCUGCUGAAUUCUGGGCAAUCGAGUUGUAAACAUCCAAACGUGUGUAUGCUGUUUACAACUGCGCCGAGACCCAGUGAGCGCAUAAUGUUUUAUUUAAUUUUAAAGUGUUUUACAGUAGGUACUCCGAAUGCCUAUUACCACCGUAAGUAGAGUCAAAAAUCAUAUGUUGUAUCAACGAAAUACUACAUAUGAUGAAUUUCACAUCCGAGUACUUUAUCCAACAAACAUGAAAAUUAUAUUCACGAGUUAAAAAACAUUGGUUUAAUUUUGUUUAGAUAGACUCUGUAUCUGCUUGUUAUUAUUAAAGAAUAACAGCACAAACAACAGCACAAGGGCUUGUAAAAAAUAUAUAUAUUUCGACAAGAAUUAAAUUUGUUACAGUUAAAGGAAUCACAUUUUAAUUAUAGAAAUAACUAACAACAAAUAGAGGAAACUGUCAGAAUAGAAAAUAAGAAAGAAACUAAUGUUUUACAUACUGUACAUACUAAUUAUGUAUAAAUAAAGUGUUAGAAACUAACAAAUUAAAUAAAAUAAAACAAAAUGUAAUAGUGUAAAUGUCUGUGUGCAACAGUGGUCCUCGGUGAGCGUAAAAAUUUGUUCACUCUGUCCUUGACCCGCUUGCUGUCACCGUUAGUCAGGAAGGGAAACUUCUGGGCCACUUUCACCAUCAGGAAAUGUCUUAAGUUCACUGGCAGUCCACGUUUGCCUCUGGAAUCCAGUUUGUUGUAGACAGCCUGCGGUACCACAGUGCAGAACAGCAAGCAACCGAGCCGAUCUGGCCGCCCUGAAAAAUUUCAGCAACUCAAGAAGCUCCAUAGUGGGAGAAGUAAACGGAGGUUCGGGGUGGCAG